AUGCCUGUGAUGAAGGGAUUAUUAGCGCCGCAGAACACGUUUCUGGACACUAUAGCCACACGGUUUGAUGGCACUCACAGCAACUUCAUCCUGGCCAACGCUCAGGUGUCGAAAGGCUUUCCCAUCGUCUACUGCUCUGAUGGCUUCUGCGAGCUCACAGGAUUCUCCCGGGCGGAGGUCAUGCAGAAGAGCUGUGCCUGUAAAUUCCUUUAUGGGCCUGAGACCAGCGAAAGCAUCAUCCUUAGCAUCGAUGACGCCUUGGAGGAGCGCAAGGAGUUUAAAGAUGAGAUUAUGUUCUACAAAAAGACAGUGGUGCUGUUCUGGUGCCUGCUGGAUAUUGUGCCAAUUAAGAACGAGAAGGGAGACGUGGUGCUCUUUCUGGCUUCGUUUAAGGACAUCACCGACACUAAGGCUAAAGCCAUCCAAGAGGACAAGAAGGAAGAGCGACGGCGCGGCAGGGUGAAAACAGGCUCUCCAUUCAGCUCAGCUCGUCUGCGGAGCAGUACAGUGCUCUACCACAUCUCUGGUCACCUCCACAGCAGAGAGAAGAGCAAGAUUAAACUCAACAAGAAUGUGUUUGGGGACCCGCCCGCUCUGCCAGAAUACAAGGUAGCAGAUGCCAAGAAGUCCAAAUUCAUCUUACUGCACUACAGCACCUUCAAGGCCGGUUGGGAUUGGUUGAUUCUGCUUGCCACUUUCUACGUUGCCGUGACGGUGCCGUACAACGUGUGCUUCAUCGGUGAUGAUGAUGACCUGACCCGCAGCACGACUGUCAGCGACAUCGCGGUGGAGAUACUGUUCAUCAUAGACAUUGUUUUCAAUUUUCGCACAACUUAUGUCAGCAAGUCGGGCCAGGUGAUCUUUGACGCCCGACAGAUCUGCAUCCACUACCUGACCACAUGGUUCAUCAUCGACCUGGUGGCUGCAUUGCCCUUUGACCUGCUCUAUGCCUUCAAAGUCAGCGUGGUGUCAGUGGUUCACCUGUUAAAAACGGUACGUCUGCUCCGUCUGCUGCGGCUGCUCCAGAAGAUGGACCGCUACUCGCAGCACAGCACGGUGGUCCUCACCCUGCUGAUGUCCAUGUUCGCCCUGCUGGCCCACUGGAUGGCCUGCAUCUGGUACAUCAUCGGCAAGAGGGAGAUGGAUGCCAACACCUACAACUGGGAUAUCGGAUGGCUUCAUGAGCUUGGGAAGCGCCUGGAGUCACCGUACUAUACCAUUGGAGGUGUGAAUGGGACCAGCAGCGGUCCCUCCAUCCGGAGCAUCUACAUCGCUUCACUCUACUUCACCCUCAGCAGUCUGACCAGCGUGGGCUUCGGCAACGUGUCGGCCAACACUGACGCCGAAAAGAUCUUCUCUAUCUGUGUGAUGCUUAUCGGAGCACUGAUGCAUGCCUUGGUCUUUGGUAAUGUGACAGCCAUUAUCCAGAGGAUGUACUCGCGCUGGUCCCAGUAUCACACCAGAACCAAAGACCUCAAGGACUUCAUACGCGUCCAUCACCUGCCGCAGAGCCUCAAGCAGCGAAUGUUGGAGUAUUUUCAAACAACCUGGUCGGUCAACAACGGCAUCGACUGUAACGAGCUGCUGAAGGACUUUCCGGACGAGCUGAGAUCCGACAUCACCAUGCACCUUAACAAGGAGAUCCUGGAGCUGUCGCUGUUCGCCUCAGCCAGUCGUGGCUGCCUGCGCUCCCUGUCCCUGCACAUCAAGACCUCCUUCUGCGCUCCCGGAGAGUACCUCCUCCGGCAGGGUGACGCACUCCAGGCCAUUUUCUUUGUCUGCUCGGGGUCCAUGGAGGUGCUGAAAGACGGCAUGGUGCUAGCCAUCCUGGGUAAAGGUGACCUGAUCGGGGCGAACCUGUCCUUAGAUGACCGGGUGAUAAAAACCAAUGCGGACGUGAAAGCCCUGACCUACUGUGACCUGCAGUGUAUCAACCUGAAGGGGCUGUACGAGGUGUUGGACCUGUACCCCGAGUACUCCCACCACUUUGUCCAGGACAUCCAGCAGGACCUCACGUACAACCUGAGGGAGGGGCAUGAGACACACGUUAAGGCCAGACUGUCCACAGCAGCUCUAGAUGCUCAGUCAGGGGUGAGAAGGAACGGGAGAGUGGUUCAGGGUUAUCCGUCCAUCAUCGAGGCUCGGGAGGAACACGAAGACAAUGAAGAAGAGGAGGACGAGGCAAUGUCCGUGUCGUUGUCGUCGGAGAGGAACCGAGCGGUGAACCUCAGGGACGCAGGUGGGAAGCCUCUACUGAGCCGACCCAGCCAGAAGACCACGGGACAGAGCUCCAGGAGGUCUCGGAAAAAGAUCCAGGAAAUUACUCUCACCACUUUAGACCCGUCCAACCUCAGCCCCAGAAUCGUUGACGGUACUGAAGACAGUGAGGGGACAGAGGGUUCCCUGGCUUUCUCCUUCUCCACCACCCGAGCUUGUCCUGUCAAUGAACCAACCAGUGCCUCGGCAUCUGCCACAGAUAUACUGCAGAUCAGCACAGCAGAAUUAGCAGCGAAAGCAGAAGAGACCAGGGGACAACUGCGACAUCUUGACCAGCAGGUAAGCUCCCUGGGGAGGGAAGUGGCUGACCUCGGACGAGUCAUGAGGAGAAUGGCUCAACUCAUGGAGACCCUCAUGUCAUCAGUGCCAACACCUUCAGUAGAGUGCCCGACACACUACUCGCCGACACACCACCACACAUUCCUGCCCCAUCCUAACCCUCCUCAGUCGUACCCUUCACCAGCUCAGACUGCCUCCAUCUGGACAGACACGCCCAUGUCAUUACCCUCCUCUCCUCUCACAAUCCCCCAGCAACAUGGUGUAAUAUGCCACAUGGACUCUCUCACACAUAGACCCCGGGAUCUCCAGCUGGGGUACCCUCCUAUCCCCAGCUCCACUCCACCUUCGACCCCCAGCUCGUCAGCCCUUCAAUUACAGCCUCACAUGCCUUCCUCGCCUCUCAGCUCACCGGAGAUUUCCCACUACAAAGACGGGGCUUGUAGCUCCAUCAGGUCAAGGGUACACAGUCCACCUCCGCAGGCCGGGGGAGAUGAGGGCCCUCAUCAGAGCUCCGGGUGUUCUCCUCAAACUGGAUUAGGGGGGGCUUACCACAACCCAACCAAGAAUUUGUAG